UUUUUUUUUUUUUUUUUUUUUCUUUUCCUUAUCCAUGUGAUGCCUAAACUCCUUGUCAUCCCCAAAAGACUGUCUUGAUUCCAUAGCAUCAAAAGACUGUCUUGAUUCCAUAGCAUUUCUUUGUGGGUUUUUUUGGGUUUUUUUUUUUUUUUUUGGUCCUUUUUUGUCUUUUCUGGGGCUGCACCCACAGCAUAUGGAGGUCCCCAGGCUAGGGGUCGAAUCGAAGCUGUAGCCACCAGCCUACACCACAGCCACAGCAACUCCAGAUCCGAGCCGUGUCUGCAACCCACACCACAGCUCACGGCAACACCGGAUCCUGAACCCACUGAGCAAGGCCAGGGAUGGAACCCACAACCUCAUGGUUCCUGGUCGGAUUCGUUAACCACCGAGCCACUAUGGGAACUCCUCUUUGUGUUUUAAAGGGUGCCCAUUCAGUACAGCAGCUGUCCCCCAACUGUAAGGUGAAAGACUAGCAGUUUGGGACAAAAAAUGGGCAUAAUACCAUAGUAGCCAAUUGAAAUUUUAGUCUGUGCCUAGCUCACCAAUUAGAAAACACAGUUAACUGGGUAAAGAUUAACUUAAUCUCUAGAGUGCAUUCCCCUGUACAGUGAGGAUUGGGAUCUUGGAGCUGAUAUUUGGAGUGAAUGACCCAGCAGGAGGGUGUUGGUAGAUGGCAGCCCUCUAACUGAGUAGUUUCAGAGGAUUCCUUUCAGUCUAACCAGAGCUAUGGAAAUGGGAAAGGCUCCACUCUUGUCUCCAAUGCUCUGUCUAUCCAUAAACACCCAGAAUUUUAUCUCUUUAAAUGCCAGCCACUGAUUAACAGAAUAAGAUUACCUAGAAAUGAGUGUCAAGACAAGCUUGGUGAAUAACCAGGGAUAAAAGAUGAUGUUAUCUCUAAAGGUUGCCACUUAGUGACGUGCCCCAAUGACUUUAUUUAGGUCAGUGUAUCUCCACUUUAGCAUCCUCCCAAAUAGAGCGUAUUUUGCCUAUGUGUCCUCAGAAAGAUGCUUGUAGUAAUUGACAGUGACUUUGGUAAAAUGUAGACAGGGACUGCUGAGGGCCAAACAGGAGAGCCAGACUGGCAGCGUAGCAUGCUCACAGGCAGUACUGAAACUGAGGGGCAGAUCUCUGAGUAAUGAUGGGGCCGUUAGAGGAGUGACCAAAAGACUAACUAAGAGUAGUGGUGAAAUGGGGACAAUGUUUAAACUUCCCAAAGUACUGUUUUUCAUUCUUAGUUCACUGUAAAUCUUUUUGAUAAUAAAGACGUGGCCUGUGGGGUGGGGGGGAGUAGAGGAACUUACCUGGAUUUAAUCCUCUCCCAGUUGCCGGAACCAGAAUGGGGGUUCCUAGUCAAAGCACAAACUGAGCAGCCUCGCUGAUGCAUUGAAGAAAAAGCCUCCUAAUAACAGCCUCAGGAACUUGUGUCAAAUCCCAGGCUUUUGUCUUUCAUCUCUCUGCUCUUGGGGCUCUGGGUAGUGCCACAUCUGGUGGUGGUUUGUGUGAAAGGAAAUAAUAUGUAUAAUAGUUUCCUGUUUGGUCAUUUAAACCUAUCCCUGAGCUGGACAGAAUUUGACCCGCUUCACUCAAUAGCAGUGUCCUGUCACUAAUGUGCCUGUUAUUUACAACCAUCAGUCAGCCAGAGUUGCAGGGCUUUAACCACUAGCCCCAAAGCAGCCCAGGCCCCUUAUUCGGACCGUUAUUGUUUGCCUUUACACAAAUGGUAUCGUUAGAGCUUAAACCAGAGGCUGGGUUUUAUUCCUUUAGAGCAUAGAAUUAUUUCUUAUAAGAAACUCACAGGCUAGUAAGUAUGGUCAUUAUCAUCCUCCUCUUCUCAUUCAUUUUUGAAGCCAGAUUUCAUUUGAAUUUUAAAAACCCUGAGCUUUAUAAUUUAUUGUAUAAUGAUUGGCAAGGAGUUUUAAAAAGGGAAAAAAAAAAAAACAAAAAACACAGAACCAAAAACAUGCCAAUAAUAAAAUGAAAAAUAUUUAAUACUUUGAAAUCUCUUUUUCUGAUUUGACUUUGGUCUCUCACCCUGGCCAUCCUUGACAGUCUUGCCCUUGAGGUCUAGCUUUCAUUUACUGCAGAGGUGGCCAGUUUCCUUCUCUCUGGGUCUGUCCACUUGCAGUCCUGAGUACCUGAGAGACUGGAACGUGUGAGCUUAUUUCUGUACACACAGCAAACUCUUAAACUACAGAAUGAGCAUGGUCAGUUCCUAAAUCUGUGUGUAUAUUGGGGGGGAGGGAUUCCAUUCCGCAGUCAUCCCUUGCUUUUUACUCUGGUCCCUUAAACUGAUGUCAGUUUCCUCUUCCUCUGAGACAUUAGGAACACAUGGAUGUUUCACUUUAGGUUGGCUCUCCUGAAAUACUUAUGAUAAAACCAAGGGAAGUGCUUGUAGCAUCGCAGCAUGUUUGCUCAGGGCAGGGUGAGCGAAACUACGAUCCUCAGGCCAGUCGCAGUCAGCAGCCUGCUUGAACAGGGGCUUUUACAGUUUUAAAGGUCAAGGGAAAUCCAAAGAAUAUGGGACAGAGACUGUAUGUGUCCCGCAAAAUCGAAAAUACCAGGGCCCUCUACAGAAAAAGUUGACCUACCCCUAAUGUGGGCUAGCAUCAUGUAUUAACAUUUAAAGCCUUAUAUUUAGAGCAGCUGAUGUCUCAACUUCUUAUUGGUACUGUCUGCUGUACCAAGCUAAGUGGUACUAUAUUUAUUCCAAUUUACUAUAUAUGGUUGAUUUGAUGUGGGCUCUAUUUAUGCAUUCUUCCAGUGGUACUCAAAUCUGGCCCAAAUCUUAAAAUUAUCUGGAGCGCUUUAAAAAUACUAUUGCCUAGGCCCCUACCCCAGAGAUCCUGAUUUAGUUGAUCUGAAGGGGGGCCUGGGCAUAGGUGUUUUUUUUUAUAUGCUCUUUAGAUGAUUCUAAUGUUCAGGCAGGCCUGAGAACCAAAGGUCUAUACCACUUAGAGGUCUGUUUGUGGAUUGACAAUUAGACCAUCUUCUUAGGCAGUUUUUGUUCACAUUUUUCAUUAGAAAUAUAACAAAGAUGCAUCAUACAAAUUGCUCUUUAAUUUCAAGACAGAAGUGUUGCUUAGGGAAAUUUUAACUGAGACAAUUUUGAAAUGUGAAGAGCAUACGAAACAGAUAAUGCAGAGCCCAGAAAAAUAGAAUUUAAAAGAUAGGAACCGAAAGGAGCAUACUGGAAAAAGAAAAAAAGAAAAAAGAAAAAAAAAAACCACUCAGAAUUUCAAUACACAAAUCACUGAGUAGAUUUCUUGCUGUCUGGGUAAGUGUAUCUAUUUUCAAAAGUGCUAUUAACAUAAACAGAGCAGUAAAUCUGGGGCACCAUACUUUUUUUUUUUUUUUUCAAAGUUGUUAAGAAGAAUUAUAUCAGUCUGCAGGUGUCACACGCAGUUACUCAGAAUCAGAAAGAAGGCUGAUCGGGGGUUAGAGGCUCUCCAUCUAUCUAUCUUUUUGCAACCAACCACGUCCAGGCUGUUUAUUUAAUACUUCCUCUUGCUAAUGAAGGUACUGGUUGGGGAUGGGUCGGGCUUUCCCAUGUCAGCUUAAGACUGCAAGAUUUGAAUGUGCCCUGGUGUUGGCUUCACUGACCACAGCAGGUACCCCAGGCAAGAAUCUGAGCAGUCCUAACAGCAAGUGCGGAGGCAAGACACAUCAAAGCAGAGAUGGGAAGUGAAAGAGCUCUCGUUCUGGACAGAUUAGCAAGCAAUGUGGCAAAACGAAAAAGCUCAAUGCCUCAGAAAUUCAUUGGUGAGAAGCGCCACUGCUUUGACGUCAGCUAUAACCCCAGCUACAUGUACGAGAAAGAGAACGAGAUGAUUCAGACCCGGAUGAUGGACCAGGCCAUCAAUAACGCCAUCAGCUAUCUCGGUGCUGAAGCCCUGCGCCCCUUGGUCCAGACACCACCUGCUCCCACCUCGGAGAUGGUCCCCGUUAUCAGCAGCAUGUAUCCCAUAGCCCUCACCCGAGCUGAGAUGCCGAACGGUGCCCCCCAGGACCUGGAAAAGAAGAACGUCCACCUGCCAGAGAAGAACCUGCCUUCUGAAAGAGGCCUCUCCCCCAACAACAGUGGCCACGACUCCACGGACACUGACAGCAACCACGAGGAGCGCCAGAAUCACAUCUACCAGCAAAAUCACAUGGUCCCUCCCCGGGCCCGCAAUGGGAUGCCGCUUCUGAAGGAGGUCCCCCGCUCUUAUGAACUCCUCAAGCCCCCGCCCAUCUGCCCGAGGGACUCCAUCAAAGUGAUCAACAAAGAAGGGGAGGUGAUGGACGUGUACCGCUGUGACCACUGUCGCGUCCUCUUCCUGGAUUACGUGAUGUUCACCAUUCACAUGGGCUGCCACGGCUUCCGUGACCCCUUUGAGUGUAACAUGUGUGGAUAUCGAAGCCACGAUCGCUAUGAGUUCUCCUCGCACAUAGCCAGAGGAGAACACAGAGCCAUGAUGAAGUGAACAUCAGGCCCGGAGACGCUUGGCACCUGCGCACUCAACAUCAUUUUUGAAGGCCGAUAUAUAAUGUCCUCGCCGAACAACCUGCGCUCAAAACAAACUCAGUUCCAAACCCCUUUCUACACCAUUUUUAGUGUCCAAAGGAUCACGUUCACGUGGGCAGCAGAGAAACGCUGUCCCCAUUUAGAAACUGUUUGCAGAGACAUCGUGUUCCUAGUUUGGGGAACCCUUUGUCUUCCCCCCAGGAACUUGAAUUUUAUGAUAUUUAAAAGCCAGCGACGUAUGUGGUCAUCAUCUUUUGCAGCAGUAGAACAGGCAUUCCUUGGAGCUUGUUGCCAACUGGAAGCAUCCCCUGGUUGUGCUGCAUGAGACCCUUUUUCUGAGAUACAUCAACCACAUGUGGAAAAGCAUCAGCCACAUGUGGAAAAGCCUCUUAGUCACAUGCCCAGGGCCACAGAGAAGAAAAGCCCACCAGCUGACUGACAUUGCUGGGAAGCCUUGGCCUUCUGCACUUCACAUAAGGCUGAAGGGUUAGGACAUAACCCCCACCACCCCAGAUCAUAGUCCAAGGGUAAGGAAAAGAACAGCCAAAAAUUGCAUUAUGAAUAACUGAAGCCCCUAGUCUCUGAGCAUCAGACCCACUUAUCACACGAGAAGAAAAAAACAAGCUAUCUGAUGAUACUUCUGCUUCUACUCUUUAUCUACCCGUCUCCACUUAAAAGCUGCUUUGGGUUAAACCAUUCCUGUAUAGAAGCAACUCUACAUCAGAAGAACCAAUGGUUUAAAUAUAGACCAUCAUUGGACCUGCAGGAGGUUGUCCACUGUGGGUAUGGCAUCCAUUUCCUCCCAUCAAGACUGGCAGGCUGGGUGUUCCCGUGGUGGUGGCAUGGCGGUAAUGAACCCAACUAGCAUCCGUGAGGACACGGGUUCGAUCCCUGGCCUCACUCAGUGGGUUAAGGAUCACGGCAUUGCCGUGAGCUGUGGUGUAGGUUGCAGACGCAGCUCGGAUCCUGCAUUGCUGUGGCUCUGGCAUAGGCUGGCGGCUACAGCUCUGAUUUGACCCCUAGCCUGGGAACCUCCAUGUGCCACGGCUGUGACCCUAAAAACACAAAAAGAAAAGACUGGCAGGCUUGGUUCCAAGGGGGAAAAGGUUUAGCAGAACCACCAGGGGGUUGGGGGGGGGGAACAACCACCCACAAAGUGUUCCAUCUUCUUCACGGAGAAGUGGCGUCCAAACCCAAAGCAAACUUGCCAAUGAUUUUUUUGACCAAAAACGACCAAAGGAUCCAAAACGUAUGACGUAGUCUCCCCCUCCCUGCAGGAAAGGCAUCAGGGAUGGACACCCUGAUCAAAGCUGAGCUUCAGGAUGGGGUGGGGAGGGGACCACCUCUGCUGGCAGGUGCUCCCUGAUCAGGCCCGUUGGGUCCUCCCCACCCCCGUUUUCAGUGGCGCUGUUGCAGUCCACAAAGGUUUCUGAAAAUCCGAUCUUGGUUCUGCAGGCUCCUCAGUCAUCUUUAUCAUUAAGUAUGGAGGACAGGCUAUCAAGGAAGAGGGCUGUGAUCAUUGUGACAUUAGCUCUGGAACAGGGGUCACAAAAUCUGUUUACUAAUUCCACAUUUGGCACUAAUGAGCGGGACGACUUUGGCAAAUCACUUAACUCUCAAAACUACUUUUUCUCGACCGUAGGAUUAGGACUUGGAUUUCUGUGUUCUAAGGUCCUUCCCAGCUUUAAACUGAUGUGAUCAUGCAGUAACCGCAGUAUAUUUUUUUUAAACCUCUUAACGUAUGGGUACUAAGAGUAUUAUGUGAAUAUACGUUUCACAUUUCUUUGGUGUGAAAAUGGUAGCAUUGUUAAGUUUUUCCUGUAACCACUGAGUUGUGAGUGUGAAGGGGAUGAUGGGGAAGAACAAAACACAGGAAGGUAUUUUGAUCUUGCCCCAAAGUGUACAUACAAACUGGCACCUGCAGCUGCUUGCCAAAGCCCUUUUUUUUUUUUUUUUUUUUUUUUUUUUGUCCUUUUUAAGAACUUGUGUUAGGGAAAAUGACUUCUGCUUCCAGGGACAACUUGAUGGAGCCUAUUUACAAACUAAAGAGUCAGAGUCAGCUGUGUGAACAGUUCUACCGGAGCCAAGAAUCCCACAUUCCCGGUAGAUCAGCGUUUUAUGUAUUUGCCUUGAUAUUUCGAAAGGGCUUAUGCAUGAGGCUCCAACUCAACUCGUUUAUGUGCUGCCAGUAAUUAAAAUGUUCCACCUCAGACUGCACAAAUGGCUUAUCCUUCUUUGUAGCGUGGCGUCUGUCUCAGGAAAAAAAAAAAAAAAAAAAAAAGAUUUUGUGAAAUUCCAUGGCAACAGUCCCAACAUGUUUGAGAUUGCAGCUAAAAGACUCCACACACGUCUUCCGGCGUGGUGGUGUCUUCAGUCCCUCACUGUACGUCCGUAAUCCUAGACUCCAGCCUCCACCAGCUUGUUUGUGCCCGUUGUGGCAAGGGAGCUGUCUCAUCGAGUCUUGAAAUAUCACACAUCCCGUUGACUCUUCAGGGGACGAGAGAAAGAGAACUUGGACGCGAGGAUCAGCAGGAAAGGCAGGGAAAGGGAGCUUUGGCACCAGGCUGGUGGGAAGACAGCAGCUUCUAUACCUGAAGUCAGUGGAACUAAAGCCCAUCCCACCACCAUGGGGACUCUGUAGACGUGACCUUCAUUUUCUGUGACUAAUGGAUUUUCCGAGUGACUUCCAUUCUUCUGAGGUCAGUUUUCCGAGUGGGGUGAGCCCUCACCCAGGCUGCUCUUUCACUGUAGCGUGCCGAGCCUAAGUGGAGACACAUCAAGUCCAGAGAGAACGGCUCUGUGGAAACUCCGCCCACUUAGGUCUCGAAGGUGAACCAGGUGGUGUGUAGGGGUUACCACCACACAGGUAACCACUUGCCGCUGCAGGCACGCCUUGGUCUCCCGACUGCCUCCCCCGCUGGGCGUGGGAAGAAGGUGAAGGAGAACCUUAGCAAGAAGCUUAGCGAGGAGGGCCGGGCACGUCUCACAUCUGACCCCGCUGGACGGUCAGCGCCCGUGGCAGCUUCACGUUUCCAUUCUCAGCCAGAGUCCCUGUGAACGUGAGCCUCGUAGGCCUUCCCAGCAACCCUCUUAUGAGCCAGGCUUCCCAUCCCACACCCAGGAGGCAGAAAUCUGAGGAACAGCCGAACCCCUGAAAGAUUCCCUUAGAGCCAAGGUGGCAGGAUUGGGGUGAGGACGGCACAGGACAAGAGGUGGCUCCCCACAUCAUCCUCAGCGCCGCCCGAAGCGUUGCCUAGGUGUCCCUCCUGGCGGAGGACAAAGAGAAGUCUCCCGCAUGACCUUCCACCACCAGCAGCAGGGGAAGAAAAAAAGACAUGAAUCUACCAGUUUUUCCAUUCCUUAAGUCAUUCUCCCAAAAAGAUAUGAGCCUUGACACAGAGCAGCUAGCAAAUCGUACGCUCUGUUACCCAUUCUGAGCUGUUCCAGACUCCGCUUCUGACUUUGUCAGUGACAAAAUAUCUCCCCUUUCAAAUGCAGGGCUUAACAUUUGGCCAGGCCCAGAUGCAAAAAUGACCCCAAAUUUCUUUUGCAAAGAGAAAUGUUUAAAAACACAACAUUCUACUCAGUUGAAACACUGUGUUCAUUACAAAUCUCAGGUCAACCUAAAGUUUUUUCCAAGUGGUCUCUGCACCGCUGUUCUUACUCUCCUCUCCUGCUUUUUUUCCCUGUUAAAUGUAAGGUUAGAAGGUUUUCAGGGGAAAAAAGCAGUGCUUUUGAUGUAUGUAUAGAUAGAUACACACACAUCCCAGGACAAGUGGUGAGACUGCAAUGGAAGUGUUAAAUGUUUAGUAUUUAGAGUCCUAGUUUUAACCUGUACCCUGCUGAGAGCAGCUGUGUUGGUCUCUAGCGGACUUUUGGAAGCCCCAGGACGCCAAGAUUUGAGUCCUCAGAGUGCCCGGGCAUUUCACAAAAACUCAGAAUUGGGAGUUGUGAGCUCAAGAAAAGAAAACAGGGUGGCUGGGCGGCGAGAUCCUGCUGUAUGGCACAGAGAACUCUAUCUAAUCACUUGUGAGAAAAAGAAUGUAUAUAUAUGUGUGUGUGUGUGUGUGUUUCUAUAUAGCUGGGUCCCUUUGCUAUACGGCAGAAAUGGACAGAACAUUGUAAAUCAACUGUAAUAAAACAAAACAAACAAACAAACAAAAAGAAAACAGAGUGAUGACAGUUUUGUCCUGGAAAACAGAAUCAGGCUGUGCAGAAGAGACAAGUUACUGAGUGAUCUGUCUCAUCAUAUAAAGAAUUAGGAGCUCUUUUUAUUCUCAAACAGAAAGUAUAGUUCAGAGAAUCACUAUAGGCAGAGUUCAGAAAAGCAGAAUGAUUUGGGAUUUAAGUGCCUGCAAAGAGGGAAAUUUUGACCUGAAACCAAAUGCUCAACCUAAGCCCUGCAGAGGAAAGGAUUCUGUUCUCUCUAAGCCUAAACGGACUGAGCAGUUCUAAGAAUGAUCAGUGAACCUGGGGCUGGAGACUGGGACGGAGGAGCCUGGAAGAGAGGUACGGGCUUUCAACUUUUGUGAGCUUAUAGCCCAAGACUGUGCCUCUGUUUACCCAAGCUGUGUAUAGCCUGUACCACGCCGGGCCAUCAACGUGAGAAAAGGGUCUUUGCACUUUGAUGAAGCAGAAUGCAAGUUUCCUCUGAAUAUGACAAGAGUGACUGUUUUAUCCACUGAUACCGAGUUGUUAUUUGAAACUACAAUGUGUUUUGAUUUUUAAACUGUUAAGGGCAUCACAGUAUCUACCUCCCAAGGUGGUUGUGAGGUUUUCUGUAGUUGGGGGUAAUAACAUUACUUUGUUUGGAGGGGUGGGGAAGGGGGCAAUUUUGUUGCAAAUUUUCCACUAUGUGUACUGUGUCUGGAGUUAAAACUAUGGAAAAUAUUCAAAGGCCGUACUAGGACCAUAAGAGUGCUUCGCUUGCCAGUGGAACUAAUCUCUAACACAGAGUUUCCCUCGUGUUGCUUUAAUGCCUAAGAGUCAAGACUCUGCUAACCCUUAGCACCCAGGUGUGUGAACCACACGGCUCAGACACCUCAUGGCUUUGCAGCCAGGGAGGGAGCCUAGCUUUUUGCUCCCUCGCUGUCUUAUGAGCCCUCAACCAUGGAGUCUCCAAGCAAUUUAGAGUUUCUUCGAGGGGUCCUCACUGUCCAUCUUUCCCUCAGCCCCACUCUAAGAAGCCUGGAGGGCGGUCCCAGGAUCCCACCCCGCUUCUCGCAAGCCCAUGCCGUGUGUCUCUGGGGCCUGCUUCGUAUUCUGAAUGUAGGUGCGACUCUGCUUCUUCCUCUCCUAAAAUGGGGCAGCCUUAAAGAAUGACUGAUCCCACUGCCAGGGUGACUCACUUAUACAAGGACUUUUCCAGGUUAGCAGACAAGGACCUUUCUGGUGGGCCUGCUUUUGUGGGUUCACAGAAACCAAAUUACUGUGGGUUGCAAAGAAUUAGCAGGUCAUUUGAAAAGCAGACAUCCCUUCACCCAGACUGUGGUUUUGCAUGCUCAAGUUCUCAGUCUGUGAGCUUUGGUGAGGGAUCAUUUUGGCUACUGGAAAAACCAUAGCUUAUUUUUAAUUUCUGGUUGCCAAAGCCACCACACGUGUGGUCUGUGGAUGACCCUUGUCUGUAGAAGGACGGGGUGGGGGCGGGGGCAGAGAAGGGAACGUGGUCUGGGGCUCAGGGUGGCCUUCCCACCAGGAGUGAGGGAGGGAGACCUUGCCGAGUGGUUUUGACACAGCCUGUGCACACAGCCCUCUCGUCUGGGUUUCUCAGAAAUGCCCUCCCUGCCCAGCAAUGACCUUCCCUCUUGACUCUCGAAUUUUACCUGGAGCCCAACCCUUUGGAGCAGUGGAGCACCCUACCCCUCUGUAGAGACUGCGUAAAGAAUUAGCUUCUGAAAUGUAGCCACGCUAACCUUGCCAGAACUGUAACGAGAGCAUUCCUGCAUCAAAAACAACCCUGCUGUUAGUUUUUCAAAGUUUAUCGUGUUUGAUUUUUUUACACUGAAAAAUAAAAAAAUACUGAUGUGUUUAAAAUUA